AUGUCAGAUAACGAUUCACACAACCUCGGAGCGGAUAAUGUAGAAGAACCGCUUCAGCAAAAUAAUUAUAUUUCAAAUGGCGCUAAUCCAAAUACCACAGACCUAUCUGCAUCACGAAAUUACAAUACAGUCUCUAACUCAAGCAGUAGUCCCACCCCAGUCCCUCGAGAUCUUUCUCCAUCUGAAGACCAACCUGCUCGAUCAAAUGAACAACAACUAUAUGGAUCUAUGGGAAAUACAACAGGUGGAUUUCAGACAAUAAAUCAACCUGUCCGUAAUAAUAGUUAUACCAGCAACUUUUCUAACCUGGACCUAAGUAUGCCUCACUCCUCGCAGCCAGUUGCAGAACAGGAUGAUCUAAAAGCACUUCUUCAAGGGGCUUGGGAAGAUGAAGAAGACCAGCCUGAUAAGAAACCAUGGAAGAGGAUUACACGCUCCAAAGUUGAUGAUGCGGCGGAAAACCUUAAUAAACUAGAAAUCACAGAGAAAAUUGCUGUAACUACCGAUGAUGAGGAAGAAGAGAAUGAUGGCACAAUCGAAGGUAUCAACGUAAAACUUCUUCCUCACCAAAUUGAAGGCCUUGAGUGGAUGAUAAGUAGAGAGCUCGGGACUAGCCGUAAGAAAUCAAGAAUUUCAAAGGGCGGAAUCCUCGCAGAUGAUAUGGGCUUGGGCAAGACUCUUCAAUCUAUAUCGCUAAUUCUCAAGAAUCCCAAAUCUGCCGAUGACGAGAGCACUGAGGAGCGGAAUAAAUCUAAAAGUGUCAAGACGACUCUAGUAGUUGCACCAUUAGCCCUCAUCAGACAAUGGGAGGUCGAAGUAAAGGAGAAGGUGUCCGAGCUCUACACACUCAAAGUCUGUGUCCACCAUGGCCCUCAACGAACAAAACGCUUCCAAGAUCUCGCUAAGUAUGAUGUCGUGAUAACGACUUAUCAAAUACUAGUUUCUGAAUUUGGGAAUUCUUCUCCUGAUGAGAAUGGCCCUAAAGCUGGCUGCUUCGGAUUGCACUGGUAUCGAAUCAUCUUAGACGAAGCCCAUACAAUCAAGAAUCGUAACGCGAAGGCUACUCAAGCAUGCUAUUCCCUCCGAAGCGACUACCGUUGGUGUCUUAGUGGUACACCCAUGCAGAAUAGUCUCGACGAAUUGCAAAGUUUGAUUAAAUUUCUAAGGAUAAAGCCAUAUGAUGAUCUAAGAACGUGGAAGGAACAAAUCGAGCGUCCGAUGAAAAGCGGUGAUAGUAGAUUAGCCACAAGGCGUCUUCGCCAUUUUCUUCUCAUUUUCAUGAAACGUCGAACGAAAGACAUUCUGAAAGUGGAUGGGGCACUAAAUCCCGGAGGCAAACCUUCUGCAAAUGGUCAAAAUAAUUCGACCGGUUUUAAGGUUACGGAGCGCAAGAUUAUCAAGAUAUCCGCAGAGUUUUCUCCGUAUGAACGUAAGCUAUAUCAACGGAUUGAAGAACGAGCCAGCAAAAACAUGAAGAAAUUAAUUACAGGAGAGGUGAGCUAUGCUAGCGCUCUUGUCAUGUUAUUACGACUAAGGCAAGCGUGUAACCAUCCGUCGCUCGUCAUCGGAGAAUUGAGCGCAGAGAAGGAUGCUUUUGACACUGCUCCCUCCAAGAUUAAGGGUACCGGUACAGAAAUUGAUGAGAUGACUAAGAUGGUCGGUGAAAUGCAAGUCGGUGCGAAAAAAUGUGAUAUUUGUCAAUUUGAACUUAGCAAAGAAGAUUCUAAACGAGGAGCUAUCCGAUGUACUGAAUGCGAGGAAGAUGUCAAGUAUAUGAUUAAAGACAACGAAGUAGCACCAAGAAAUGGAAAACAAGAGAUACCGAGACGUCGCAAUUUAAGACGAAAUCGAAAGGUCUCCAAAUGCACCAGCUAUGAUUCUGAUGACGAUAACCCCCUGGACAUAGAAGAUAAAGGUGUUCAGAUGAAAACAAAACGUGCCGGUGGUAUUGAAGAUGAAAAUGCUGAGGGUGGAGGUGAAUGGCUCAGCCCUAACAACGAAGCAUCUCAUGACUCUAAUACAGCUUCGGAUCAAGACGAUGACUUCAAGACAAAGUCUUCGAAGGUUCCACAGCUAACAAAUGUGGCAACCUCAACUAAAAUUACUCAACUGAUUAAGAUACUCAAAGAGGAGGUUCAUGAGCACAAAUUUAUUGUCUUUUCGCAGUUUACCUCAAUGUUGAACCUAAUCGAACCAUUUUUUCACGCCAAUGAUCUCGUAUUCUCUCGUUAUGAUGGAAGUAUGAGAAAUGAUUCGCGUGAGGCUAGUCUGGCGAAACUUCGUAACGAUAAGAAAUGUAGAAUACUAUUAUGCAGCUUGAAAUGUGGCUCCCUUGGACUAAACUUAACAGCUGCUACCCGAGUAGUAAUCCUUGAGCCUUUCUGGAACCCAUUUGUUGAAGAGCAAGCCAUUGAUCGAGUGCACCGUCUCACGCAGAAGACGGACGUAAUUAUUUACAAGAUUACGAUCUCUAAAACAGUCGAAGAACGCAUCCUAGAAUUACAGGACAAGAAACGCGCAUUGGCGAACGAGACCAUUGAGGGUGGUAAAAAUGGAGGCGUUUCUAAGCUUGGUAUGAAUGAAAUUAUGCAGCUAUUCAACUGCGAUGCCGAUCAAGCCAUGCCUUUAGCAGAAUAUAAGACGUACAAAGACGAGAUGGAAGAGAAAUCAUCCUCUCAGAGAGUUUAUCCACCAAAUAGCUCUGGUAGGACAGGAGAUAAGUUGUACGGUCGUCGACGGUAA